AUGGCUUUGAGCUCAGGGUUAGCAGCCGCGCCUAGAGACUGUGCGUCAGCUAAAAGUAAAAUAAUAUUAAGAUGUUGUAAAAUAAUCUUAAGUGGUUGUUCAUCAACUCUGGUUUACAUAGAUGCUGGAUUUUGUAAUCUUGAACCAGAGGGACUAACAGCAAUUGUUAGUGGAGGUGGGCUUAAGGUUUUAAACGUCACUGGUUUAAGUUACUUGAACUUCAGAGAUGCAUUGGCAGCAAUUGGGAACGGAUUUGCAACGAGGCUUAAAAUCCUUAGUCUUCGAAUGUGUAGAACUGUUAGUGAUGCUUCCAUUGUUGCAAUUGCAAAGGGGUGUCCUCAACUUCAAGAGUGGAACCUGGCAUUGUGCCAUGAGGUUAGGGUUUCAGGCUAGGCUGCCAUUGGGUUAAACUGCCACAAUUUAGAGAAACUUCAUGUGAAUCGCUGCCGAAAUUUAUGUGAUCAAGGGUUGCAGGCUCUGAGAGAUGGCUGCAAAGGGCUCUCUGUUUUGUGCAUGAAUGGAAAUUGUAGGAUAUAAGAGACAGCAGUGGAGCUGUUUAAAUUGUAUGGAGGUGAUGUUGAUAUUAAGGGUGAACAAGUAAUGUGUAUUGGGCCUGAUUGGGACAGCUUAGAAUAUGAUGAGUAUGAGAUUGACUGCCAUAUAUGUGAGGAAAAGCUAUUGAUGCUACAUGUGUACCAGUCAACUUGAGGCACUUUUCAAUAUUGAUUGAUAAAGGUCACCUCUAAACAUAAGUUAUUUACUUGCGUUGAUAAAUAUAUUUGAUUAUUUGGACGGAAUGAACUUUAAAAUGAUCUAAGGUUUUCAAACAGCAUGAUACUUUUCUUAGCUUUUAUUAUUAUUAUUAUUGGGAUUGCAAUCUCGCAUUCAGUUAGGAUAAGAUUAAAAAAAAAAAAGGAAUGCAAUAUUAAAUAUCUUUGUGCUACCUGACUUGUGUUUAGCCUAAGAGACAGUUACACUUUCAUUUUUGUAAUACUUCGAUCUUUGUGGUUCAUGCACGAUUGUGUUUGCUAAUUCUAGAUUCUGCUUGGUUGAUACUAUUGUUAGUUUUUUUUAGCGUCAAUCAAUUGGAGUUUUAAUUUAUUCUCAUUUAGUCGGUCUAUCUUGAUUCUGUUGGAUUUUGGAGGAUGGAGUUGAGGGCAGGUUGUUGGUCCAUUUUUCAACAAUUUCAAUCCUCAAUCCAUAUUUAUGGUGAAUCAAAAUUCAAGUUUUGAAUCUCUGGUGAGGCUAGAGCCUAGAAAUAAACAAAUUUUCCUGGUUAAUGCUGGAAAAGUUUUCAUUUGGCUUAUUGAGCAAAAAAAUCAAUAUUUCAGCCAUUGGAAGCUGGUUGAUACUGGAAAAGUUCUAACAACACCAUUGGAAGCUGGUGCAAUUGCAAAUGAGAGAAAAAAGGAAAUUCGGCCAAUGUAAGUUUCUGCGGAAUGCCACUCUUGCACCAAAGCUAAAGCCUUUCUCUUAGAAUUGUUACAUAGUAAUGAAGUGCUUAAAGAGGAAACAUUUUUGCCAGUGUUAGUGUGAUUUGAUGGAAUAUUUUGUGUAAUCUGUUGGUAGAAUAUUACAUAAUUUAUUGAUAAAGUCUCUUAGUUUCAGUCAUAAAGUUCAAUCCAGAAAACCUUACCAUUGGUAUAUUU